AUGAGAAAAUUUAAAGGUAAUCGCAAAUCACCUAAUCUGUAUUAGUUGAAGAAGAAAGGUCAAGUCAAGCAGCUACUUCUCAUUUUUGAUGCCUUAAACAUCAUAUUCAGCGGAAUAAAUCAUUAUUAUGUUGGAAUAGGAAUACACAGUGGUCUCGCUAGUCUACAUGUGAUCUUAUUUGGACUUGAUGUAUUCCUACGAAAGAAAGGCUACAAGAAGUAAAAGAAGUACUCACAGAGGAUAUUUGAUAUUGUCUAUUACAUCUCAGCAUAUUUAAUCAUGAUGAGCUUUCUGCUUUACUUUUGCUCUUAUCUUAAAUUUCCUUCAGAUCUUACUAAGAGUUUUCCUACGUAAUGUCUUGGCCAGUAUUUCGCUGAUAAUGGACCUAUUCAGACAGUGUGUAGAAGAAUCACUAAUGAGAAUAAUUUUCACUUCAAUGCAUCGGCUGAUUAUCCUAUCGGCUUCUAAACGAAUGAUGAACUUACUCCGAUAAUCAAGGACUGGCUAGAUAACCACUAACAUAAAUAAUACUAUAUAAAUUCAGAAUAAAAUAGCAUUAAAUUGACUGAUGAUCUGGAUAAGCUUUAACUAACCUGUGAAAAAUACCUUUUAAUCUAGUUGGUGGAUAAUGUAGGUUUUAUGCAAGACAUAGCUAUAGAAAUAUUAAAAUACUAGCCGAAUGAUUAGAAUGCAGUUAAAUAUCUCCAAGUACAGUCCUAACUGAGAAUAGGUUUGAAAGACUAUGGCAAUAAUGAUAAAAACAUUUAGUCCUUGCUUUCUUUCCUUAAGAAAAAGUAUCCCAAUAACUUUUUGACUGAAUACCCCCAAUAAAAGAGCACUGAAACAGCCAUAAAGUAAUCUCAAUCUAAACUGAUAAAAGAGUAACACUAUUUAUUUUAUGAAUAAUAGCUAUGA